AUGGUAGAUUUUGAAGCAAUAUUUUCUCUUCUUCGAAUCAUUUUAUUUGCAAUUCUUACUUUAGUUACUUUUAUUUAUUCAAUUCCAAUUAUAUUUAUUCGUCGUUUUCAUCGUCGUAAUAUGAUACUUACACUUAAUAUAUGUUCAGUUACUAUAUGUUGUUCUCUCUAUUGGACUAUUUUUUAUAUAAUAUUGGAGUUCAAUCCUUUGAUUAUAUAUAAAUUUAUGUUAGAUUCAUGUAGAUUUGUACUUAUUUUUUCAACAUUAAUAACUCUUCAAGUACCUUUUAGUUUUGUUACAGCUUCAAUUAAUCGUUUUUGUUCUGUAGUAUAUUUUAAUAAGAAUUUAUUUAAAACAAAACAAUGGGUUUUUAUUUGUAUUUUAUUUCAAUGGAUAUUUGGAAUUAUUAUAACAUUACCUGUUGUAUUAGGAAUUCAGCCGUAUUGUGUUACUUCACAAUGGGUUGAAAUAUAUAGAUUAAUAUUUAUUGUCAUAGUUCCAUCAAUUGUUUUUCUUAUCAUUAAUAUUCUUAUAUAUGUUACUGUUCGUUCAUUAUCACAUCGUAUUCGACCAAGUUCAUUUUCGGUAACAGAAAAUAAUCCUCGAAAUAUUCGACAAGAAAGAAUUAGUCGACGUGAUAUUCAUCUAUUUCGACAUAUGAUUAUAAUGUUUUUAAUUUUUGUUGGAGGAUGGACUCCAUUAUAUGCACUUUUUGCAAUUCAAACACAAGCUUUAGCUAAUAUAAUUCUAUCGGAAUGUUUUACAAUUUGGUGUCAAUUAGCUUUUUUAUGUGAUAUUAUUGAUCUUUAUUUGUACAAUCAUGAAGUGAGAAAUUAUCUUAAAAUAAUAUUCUGUCGAUGA